AUGGCCAUUAUGUCACACUCAAAACCUGGCCUCGCAAUCGUACAAAACAAUUGUCCAGUUCCUAGUCCAGAACAUUUCAGCCUUUGUAGUAUGGCUAGUGCUAAUAGCAAAAAGCAACAGAGAUAUAAGAAACUAGUAUCUAGGUCAUCUAACCAACGCAUAAAGAACAUAUCAACGAUGAAAUACAUCACAAGCGAUCUCUUUGCCACGCUAUUUAGUGAUAAUAUGACCCAAGAAAAUGGCCCGGAAAGAAGACAGAAAACUCCAGCACUCCACCAAUCAGUCACUAAAAGGAAAGGGAAUGUGGUGGAAAAUGGCAAAUUAAUUCGAUGGAAAUGUCAAAACUUUGAGCGGAUCUGCACAAUAUUGCAUCACACUCCAGAAGAGCUGUGA